GCUUGCAAGGAGCUCUGUCUUCAUCCUCCUCUGCCAACCUCGUGUCCCCCCACCGCACACCUCCCCCCCCACCUCCGCACGGCUUCUGAACUUUCGUCCGAGAGAGCUGGCGAUUUCGGGAGAGGAGCCGAGAGUUUGAAAGGCUCGCGCACAGUGGGGGGAGAAAGAGCGGUAUGCCUUUUGCUCGAGAUGUUGGAGAAGGACCCGCGAGCCGCGAGGGUCAGCCGGCGAAUUGGGAAGCCGGCCAGGCCGUGUCAAGCCAAGGGAGGCGCCUUCCGAUGUCCCCUUUUGGAUGUGGCGCUAGCUCGUCAGGCAGGUGAAUUGGUGUGAGCAGCAGCUGGGCUUCGCUUUUCCUGCUCCCCCCCCUCCAAGUUUUCCUUUUAAGAUAACCUUUCCUCUCGCUUCGCUGCAUGGAGACAAGGCGCGGUGGGAGCUUCUCCCGGAAGUAAUGGAUCCCAACAACCCAUCGGACCAAGAGGACGACUCUCGGGAGUCCCCACCAGAGAGGACAGGGCAGCGGCGUGGUCUGCCCAGCGGGGGGGCAGAGAAGAACCCCAGCAUGGAGCCGGCUGCCACGACGCCGUUUCGUGUCACGGGGUUCCUGAGCCGGCGCCUUAAAGGCUCCAUCAAAAGGACAAAGAGCCAACCCAAGCUCGACAGGAACAGCAGCUUCCGGCACAUUCUACCUGGCUUCAAGAACGUGGACAAUGAAAGAUCCCAUCUAAUGCCCAGGCUGAAGGAAUCUCGCUCCCACGAGUCACUGCUCAGUCCAAGUAGCGCUGUGGAGGCCCUGGAUCUCAGCAUGGAGGAAGAAGUGGUCAUUAAGCCUGUUCAUAGCAGCAUCCUGGGGCAGGAUUUCUGCUUUGAGGUGACGACGUCAUCCGGGAGCAAAUGCUUUUCCUGCCGCUCUGCAGCGGAGCGGGACAAGUGGAUGGAGAAUCUGCGCCGUGCUGUGCACCCGAACAAGGACAACAGCCGGCGGGUGGAGAAUAUGCUCAAGGUGUGGAUUAUCGAAGCCAAAGACUUGCCGGCCAAGAAGAAGUACCUCUGCGAACUCUGCCUGGACGAGGUCCUCUACGCACGGACCACAUGCAAGUUGAAAACGGACAAUGUCUUCUGGGGGGAGCACUUUGAGUUCAACAACCUUCCAUCCCUGAGGGGCAUCACGGUCCACCUGUACAAGGAGACCGACAAGAAGAAGAAGAAGGACAAGACCAACUUCAUUGGGCUGGUCAGCAUCCCAGCGGGCUCCGUCACGGGCCGGCAGUUUGUGGAGAAGUGGUACCCGGUGGUGACACCCAACCCCAGCAAGGGCAAGUCUGGGGGCCCCAUGAUCCGCAUCAAGUCGCGCUACCAAAGCAUGAGCAUCCUCCCCAUGGAAAUGUACAAGGAGUUUGCCGAAUACAUCACCAACAACUACAUGGUCCUCUGCUCAGUUCUGGAGCCAGUCCUGAGUGUGAAGAACAAGGAGGAGAUGGCCUCAGCCCUUGUCCACAUCCUGCAGAGCACAGGGAAGGCCAAGGAUUUCUUGACGGAUCUCAUGAUGUCCGAGGUGGACCGAUGUGGCGAAAAUGAGCACCUUAUUUUCCGAGAGAACACCCUCGCCACGAAAGCGAUCGAGGAGUACCUGAAGCUGGUGGGGCAGAAGUACUUGCAAGAUGCCUUAGGCGAGUUCAUCAAGGCACUGUACGAAUCGGAUGAAAACUGUGAGGUGGAUCCCAGCAAAUGCUCCUCCUCAGACCUCCCAGAGCAUCAGAGCAACCUGAAGAUGUGCUGUGAGCUGGCCUUCUGCAAGAUUAUCAACUCGUACUGCGUCUUCCCUAGAGAGCUGAAGGAGGUCUUCGCCUCGUGGCGCCAGGAGUGCAGCAGCCGCGGCCGCCCAGACAUCAGUGAGCGCCUGAUCAGCGCCUCACUGUUCCUCCGCUUCCUCUGCCCGGCCAUCAUGUCGCCCUCCCUCUUCAGCCUCCUCCAGGAGUAUCCCGAUGACCGCACAGCCCGCACCCUGACCCUGAUCGCCAAGGUCACGCAGAACCUGGCCAACUUUGCAAAGUUUGGCAGCAAAGAAGAAUACAUGUCCUUCAUGAACCAGUUCCUGGAGCACGAGUGGACCAACAUGCAGCGGUUCCUGUUGGAGAUUUCCAACCCAGAGACUCUAUCCAACACGGCCGGUUUCGAAGGGUACAUUGACCUGGGCCGUGAACUCUCCACCUUACACUCUCUGCUCUGGGAAGUUGUGAUUCAGCUGGACCAGAGCACAGCAACAAAGCUUGGACCCUUGCCACGCAUUCUGAGGGACGUCAAUUCGGCCCUCAGCAACCCGUCCUGCGUGCAAGUCUCCGUCACAGCAGAUCAUGCUGCCUCGACGCCCAACGCUAGCAACAGCAUAUCUGUGGGGCUGCAGAAGAUGGUGAUCGAGAACGACUUAUCUGGUCUGAUAGAUUUCACACGGUUACCGUCUCCAACCCCUGAAAACAAGGACUUGUUUUUUGUCACAAGGUCUGCGGGGGCCCAGCCCUCACCCGCCCGGAGCUCCAGCUACUCGGAGGCCAAUGAGCCCGACGUCCAGAUGUCCAACGGCAGCAAGAGCCUCUCCAUGGUGGACUUGCAGGACAGCCGGGUUCUGGAUGGUGUGGCUGCCCUCCCGGGGCCGGCUGACCCACUCGGCGAUGGGCCCCCCUCCAUCGGGCAGGCCCCGGGUCCCUGGGGCACGCGGACUCAGCAGAACGCCGUGGCCGCCAUGGCCACUGUGCGCCGGGCAGGCCAGACCCCCACGACACCCGGCACAGAGGGCACCCCCGGACGGCCCCAGCUCCUGGCGCCCCUCUCCUUCCAGAACCCUGUGUACCAGAUGGCAGCAGGUCUGCCCCUCUCGCCUCGUGGGCUGGCGGACUCGGGCUCCGAGUGCCACAGCUCGCUCAGCUCCCACAGCAACAGUGAGGACUUGGCAGCAGUGGGCAAGCACGGCUUUGGCAACCCCGCUGUAGUUGCUGCUGCAACUGAGGACUUCAACCGGCGGGCAGGGGAGCUGGCCCGCCGACAACUCUCGCUUUCGGACAAGGGUGGCCAGCCCACCAUGCCCCGGCAGAACAGCGGGGGGCCCCAGAGGCGGAUAGACCAGCCGCCCCCGCCCCCACCACCCCCGCCAGUGACUCGGGGCCGGACGCCGCCCUCGCUGCUGAGCACGAUGCAGUACCCACGCCCCUCCAGCGGCGGCAUGCUCUCCUCCUCGCCCGACUGGCCAGGCAGCGGGGCACGGCUCCGGCAGCAGUCGUCCUCCUCCAAGGGAGACAGCCCAGAGAUGAAGCAGCGAACGGUGCAUAAGCAGGCCCCUUCUCCUGUGAACCCCAAUGCCCUGGACCGCACAGCCGCUUGGCUUUUGAAUAUGAACGUGCAGUUUUUAGAAGAGGAGAGCAGUGACCCAGAACCCAAGCACAGGGAUAAGAUCCGGAAUAAAGAGGAGUUCGGCCAAGGGGAAAAGCAGUAUCAGCAGGACGUGGUGGUCCUGCAGGACAAGCUGCGCAUCUCGAACAAGAAGCUGGAGGAGUACGAAGCUCGCUUCAAGUGCCAGGAGGAGAAUACUCAGAAGCUGGUGCUGGAGUAUCAGGCGCGGCUGGAGGAGAGUGAGGAGCGUCUGCGGCGGCAGCAGGAAGACAAAGAGAUCCAGAUGAAGGGCAUCAUCAGCAGGCUGAUGUCAGUGGAGGAGGAGUUGAAAAAAGAUCACGCAGAAAUGCAGGCAGCUGUGGACUCCAAGCAGAAGAUCAUAGACGCACAGGAAAAGCGCAUUGCCUCCCUGGACGCAGCCAAUGCCCGGCUCAUGAGCGCCCUCACCCAGCUGAAAGAGAGGUACAGCUCGCAGACCCGUAACGGGAUCUCCCCUACCAACCCAACUAAAUUGCAGAUUACCGAGAACGGCGAAUUCCGAAACAGCAGCAAUUGUUAGCCCGGUGGGAGUUGGCGGCUGCUGCUGAGGGAGAUUGAGAGGAAAGGAGAGAGGAAGGAGAGGAGAGGAGGAAGGAGGAGGAGGAGGAGGAGGAGGAGAGAAAGAGAGGAGGAGAGCCCGGGCAGAGAGAGCAGCGGUGGCGGCGGCGGCAGGAAGGAAGGGUGAGCCACCACGUUGCAAGGGUGCUUGGUGCUUCCUCCCCGCCCACCGGCCCUCCCUGAGCGGGGGAGGACAGAGAGAACCCCACAGCCCUCUUUCGGCAAAGACGGGGAGCCCUGACGUCCCCCCAGCCCGAACCCGAGUUCGAGGGACGAGGAGACCAUCGACCGUGCGGAGCAGAUCAUUGCAGGGGGAGAGUCACCGCCCUUUUCUACUUCCUGAAGGACACACCUCAGGAGCCCGCUAGAGGCCGAGGGACAAGCUAGCAGGACUUGUGCGAAAGGUUGCAGGACCAAACCGCCGCCCGCCACUGGCCCAGCUGUGUCACUGGGGAGCCCCGCCCUGCCGCGCUGGGGUGUUCUCUCUAGCUGCGUCCCGCUGCUGGCCAUCGCCCGUUGCCGCCUCUGCUUUGGGAUUCGCCCUGGCCUCUCCUCACAGGUGUAGGUCAUUCCCCAGGAGGGCAGAGAGGAAGGAUGAAUGGAAACCCCACCUCCAGAUUAUGCUCCACCUGUAGGAAUGCCACACAGGCGUCGGAAGGUGUCCUUCAAGCCAUGCCUCCACACAAGGCGGGGGGUGGGACACACAGCCAUCACAGUGAGCUUGAAAGGAGCUCCAGAAUGACCUCUGCAGUAGCCAGUGAUCAGACUGCUCAUAGCUCAGUAGCAGGGCACCUGCUUUGUAUGCAGAAGGUUCCCGGGCCAGUCACCCAGUGGCGUCUCCCAAAGGGCUAGGUGAUAGAUGACCCCAGAGGCCCAUUUCUGCAUGAGAGCCUGGAGAGUUGCUGCUUUAGGGGGAGAGCAUCUUUCUUGCAUGCAGAAGGUCCUAAAUUCAAUCCCGAUGGCAUCUUCAUGUAGGGCCAGGAGACAGCCUCCGCCAGUCAGAACAGGCAGUGUUGAGCAAGGUGGACCAAUGGUCUGAUUCAGUUUAUAGCAGCUUCCUCCAUUCCUAAGGCAACAUACCUAAUAUAUGUAUAAAGUUGCUGGAGGGUGGCUGGGCCAUUCGUUUUGGGGGCCCCUUUGCCAUGCUGGAGACAAGGCUAUGCACCAAGCCAUAACCUGCCCACAAACACACAAACUCACUCGCCAGCUUGGGUACAUUUUCCCUCUCGCUGGCUAAGCUGCCUUGGGCUUGCAUACCGUUGGGAAAGUAAAUUAUCCUUGUAGACAGGGCUAACUUUCUGAGAAACUGCACACUGCAGAAGUUUUCCUUAGCAUUGUGGUUUAUGCCAGCCUUGACUGCCCAGGCAAUGCCCAUGUCUGACCUGAGUCUCUGCAUGGCUUCAGUUGGCUUGAGGCUUCAGUUGGGCUCCCUUGUGGUCCAGAAUCGCUGGACCAAAAACUGGGACACUGGAGCAAAAAGUCUGGGAGGUGGCAGAGAUUUGCCUGUCUUGCUCCAGAUUGUGCCAACUCAGUGAACACUUGUGGUGAUGGACUGUAGCUCACUGGCAGAGCAAGCAGGAGGUUCUGGGUUCAUUCACUGGCAGAUCAGCAGAUGGAUGGGGAAAGCUAGUUCUUAGCUUAGUGGACAGAACAUCUCCUUUGUAUGUUAAGCACACCCCGUUUCAGCCCCUGAAAACAUUUCUAAGGUAGGGCUGGGAAGGAAACCCUGGAGAGCUGCUGCCAAUCAGUGCAGACAGUACUGAACUAGACUGGCACAUGGCCUGACUCGGGCCAAGGCACUGUACAGCAUGUCAUGAGGUUGUUGAGAUGUGGCAGGGCCAGAAGACCAGGAAGCCUUUACCACUGCCGCUAGUUGUCUAUAAACUAUAAGAGAAACAUGUCUAUGAAGACUCCCAAGACACUCAAGUGUGCAGGGCCAAGUGCAAUGUAGAAUAUGUAGAGGCAGAUCCGUCCUGCCUGUUCCCCAAUCUCUUCAUUUGACAAGUGGGGAAAUCAAGGCAUUAAUGAUGUGCCAUUAAUGAUGCAAAACGAUGCAACAACAACACCCCAUGUUCCUCUUUGCAGAUCUGCCAACUUAGGUUAAGGUACCCAUUUGCAAGAAGCUCUCUCGGCUACACUUUAGCAUCAGAGGUCCUUCACCUGAACGAGGGUGGUGGUUGUACUUCAGAUGGGCAGCAUUCCCACAUACCCCAAACUUGCACUCAUGCACGCACACACACAUUCUCUCUCUCUCUCUCUCUCUCUCUCUCUCUCUCUCUCUCUCUCUCUUUUCUGGCAUAGUUUAGCUUUCUGGAGGUUUGUUAGUGAAAAGGGUUGUGUUGCGUGAAGCCUUUGCUGCUGAUGGCAUCGCCGCUAAACAGCCGGACGAGGUGGACAAUGAAGGGGUGGGGAACCGGCCUCACAGAAGCAUGAAGAUCGGUAACUGUUAUCUCUUUUCUUCCACAGUCUGCGUUAGGAAUAAAAACAGUCCAAAAAAUAAACCCCAAGCAGUCCAGUUUCUGGAAUACUAUCCUGUUUUAAUGGGGAGUGGAGCAAGGACGGCAGCUUCUGAAAAAUGUCUCCCCCUGUCAGGAUCGCCAUCAGCCCAGGAUUAGUGGUUCCUAACUAACCCCUGCCCUCCAGGGAAGGGGUCACAGCAGCAUCAUGGCAGGGGGCGGGUGCUGUGCUUACUAACCUCCAACCAGCUUGUGGGUUGAUUUGUUGGUGCUUAGUCCUGAGGAUUCCUCACCGCCUUAUCAGCCCAUCCGUCACAGCGGUGGGUGGAUCAAAGCGUAGGGGAGCCGAGGAGCCCCUCUUAAAGAGAACGUGUUCCAUGCACACACAGUCUUGGAAGAACUGGGACUUCCUUGAAUUCCUCGUGGCUCCAACAUGGUUUUGAGCUGCCACGCACCAAGCCCAUAGGUCCAGCACAAACCUUGUACCCAGCCCUCAGAAACGUGGACUGUUACAAGAACGAACUUCUCCCCUCUCCCCGCCCCACAGGAGAUGGAGUUUCAAAUCUAAUUUGAAAACUUGCAGCCCUACUUUACUAUGCCCCAUGAGUCCAUAAGGGCCCGAACAGUCUGCAGCCUCAGACAAUCAGCUUGUUUUGAUGCACCCUGAUCUCUGCAAGGGGUGCGGAUGAACCACUAGCAUAAAACAAGCACCGCUGAAUGUGUGAACCUUAAGAAUUCCCUGCCUCCUUAUACUUGCCCCCCACCCCGCAAAAAAAAAAACCAAAAACAUGCCACCAAGUCACCUGUACGGAUGGGGAAAAGAUUUAAUAGAUCAGGGCACUGUCUGAGUUCAUGUCCCGGAAUGAGAUCUGUCCAAAUAAUGAGUCCUGUGGAAGGUAUUGCAAGGUUCUCAGUAUAAGAUUUUAAAUGCAGGAUGUGCCACCCCUGGCAGGAACCCCUCUUUGCAAGAGACUUUUUGUGGGGGCAGGGGGUGGGGUUUGUAAACAUUUUGAAUGUGCACCUUUUAAAAUGCCAGGGAGGAGUUCUAGUGGGGAGUGGUCCCUAUAGGCACUUUUGGAGCAGCUACUUCCCCCCGCCCAUGGCCCACCACUGUUGGUUUAGGUUUGCAGGGUGGGGGUCUUUCGCGGAGGAGAGGCCCUGUUGCCUGGGCACCUCUAGUACCCAAAUCUUCCAGUUCUGUGCUUGCACACAGAGGUCAAUACGUCCGUUGGUGUAUGCCCAUGGUAGCUUAACAGAUGACCUCUCCUGCGCUCUUCCUGGCACUCCCCUUUGACACAGCUCUCGUGCUCAAUGGAGAUGUUACUUGCUCCUUCUCCGAAGUCAUUUUAACAGGUUUGGUUUUCCUGCAGAAGAGGAAGCUGGUCCUUGGGGGGGGGGGUCGGUUCUUCCCAGCAGUUUGCAGUCAUCCCGGCCCCCCCCCCUCA